AGAUUUCAAGCGCAAAAUGCCACGGAAGAGAUAGGAGGAACUUUUGGCCACCACUUGGUCGAUCAUAAGGGAGAGAGGAAGGGUUGUGCAGGGCGAGCUGGCGGGAGAGGUUGCAGUGAGGUAUGGGAAAAAGUUGUGGGUUAUAGCAAUAAGAGGGGGGCCUACAAGUUGUAG